UGGUCUGGGGAGAAAGGAUAUCGCGAGUGUUGGAGUUUUGGUGAGAGUUUGUGGAAGAUGGCGCCUGUUGUGACAGGGAAGCCCAACACACACACUCACACAGCGUGAGUGUGUUUCUCAAGCCGCCAGUGUGUUAAGACCAGCCCCAGAGCAGGGUCUUACAGUAUGCGGAGGAGAGAGAGAUGGAAGGGGGAGCUCUGAAGUUUGAGGAGCGCCCUCAACCACAGCGCUUAACAAGGGAAGCGAUGCGGAAUUACCUGAAGGAGCGAGGCGACCAAACUGUCCUGAUCCUGCAUGCAAAAGUUGCACAGAAAUCUUAUGGCAAUGAAAAAAGGUUCUUCUGUCCUCCCCCGUGUGUGUACCUGAUGGGCUCUGGCUGGAAGAAAAAGAAGGAGCAAAUGGAGAGAGACGGCUGCUCGGAGCAGGAGUCUCAGCCCUGUGCCUUCAUAGGGAUAGGAAACUCUGACCAAGAGAUGCAGCAACUCAACCUAGAGGGAAAGAACUAUUGCACAGCCAAAACCUUGUACAUAUCAGACUCCGACAAGAGAAAGCACUUCAUGCUGUCCGUCAAGAUGUUUUACGGCAACAGCACAGACAUUGGCGUCUUCCUCAGCAAGAGAAUCAAAGUAAUCUCCAAGCCCUCCAAAAAGAAGCAGUCCCUGAAGAAUGCAGAUCCAGUGUGUAUUGCAUCGGGGACCAAGGUGGCCCUGUUCAACCGGUUGCGGUCCCAGACGGUCAGCACGCGCUACCUACAUGUGGAGGGGGGAAACUUUCAUGCCAGCUCCCAGCAAUGGGGUGCCUUCUACAUCCACCUGUUGGAUGACGAGGAGUCUGAAGGAGAGGAGUUCACUGUGAGAGAUGGCUAUAUCCACUACGGACAGACGGUCAAACUGGUCUGCUCUGUCACCGGGAUGGCCCUGCCACGACUGAUCAUCCGUAAAGUGGACAAGCAGACGGCCCUGCUGGAUGCAGACGACCCCGUCUCCCAGCUCCACAAGUGUGCCUUCUACCUGAAGGACACAGAGCGCAUGUACCUGUGCCUUUCCCAAGAGAGGAUCAUCCAGUUUCAAGCCACUCCAUGCCCAAAGGAACCAAACAAAGAGAUGAUCAACGACGGAGCGUCCUGGACAAUCAUCAGCACGGACAAGGCUGAGUACACCUUCUACGAGGGCAUGGGCCCCGUCCACUCGCCUGUCACCCCCGUGCCUGUGGUCGAGAGUUUACAGCUAAACGGUGGUGGGGACGUGGCCAUGCUGGAGCUGACGGGACAGAACUUCACUCCAAACCUGAGGGUCUGGUUUGGAGACGUCGAGGCAGAGACCAUGUACAGGUGUGCGGAGAGCAUGCUGUGCGUGGUGCCCGACAUCUCUGCCUUCCGUGAGGGCUGGCGCUGGGUGCGGCAGCCGGUGCAGGUGCCAGUCACGCUGGUGCGAAACGACGGGAUCAUCUACUCCACCACACUCACCUUCACCUACACGCCGGAGCCCGGGCCGCGGCCGCACUGCAACGCCGCCGGAGCCAUCCUGCGGGCAGGCAGCGACCGCCUGCUCACGGCUAGCAGCAACAUCGCUAACAACAGCGACGCUAACAACACCUACGGCCCCAACGGCUCCAACGCAGGAGUCACGUCCUCUUCCACGGCCGCCACCGUGGUGUCCUAACACACACACACACUUAUACACACAAUAUGCCUUGAGAGCAAAACGUACCACAUGGUAAGAAAAGACUACAAAGUAAACGGACUCUCUAAAAGUGCUGCAUAUUGAUUUUGGAUACAAGAAAAGAAGCUGAAAUAGGAAAUUGGUCGGACAAAAGGGAGGAAGAGGAGGAAUUCGAAGGAAAGAACGAUGUCAAAAGUUGUCAACCAACGGAAAUAAGAGAAACUGUGCGGAACUCCUCACCGCUACCAUCUUGUCUCUGGUGUUGGAGCUGUGGAAUAAGUUCCUAUUGGCUCAGAGUACCAGCGCCUUUGACGGCCAUAAGAAAAUCGAUACCACAACAGCGAUGCAUCUGCCACAUGUAUAAAAUGUUAACAUAAAAGGAUAGUUUUUGUGCUCCCCCCCUCCCUCCGAUAAUUUUUUUCCUCCUUUGUUUUUAUAUGUUGCGUUAGUUUGUAUGUUUCUGUAAAGGGGGCGAGAUGUAUCGUUGUUGGAGGGAGAGUGAGGAUUGGGUAUAGAGGGACACAUAUAAAAACGUGAUGAUGAUAACAUAGUUUUUAUGGACCAAGGAUCUCAUAUAAGCUUUAGUAAAGGUACAUUUUCUCCAUACCUUUUUUUUGUAUGAAAUAUAUAGUACACUUUUGUUACCAAAUAGUUUCUAUUCUCACCCUCCUAGCUUUGGCCUUUUUUUGGGGGGGGCCAAAUCCUGACCUGGCUUGUGUAUUAUAGCUACCCUUAUCUCCGUCAAACGCCUGCUCCCCCCUCCGGUCUUUUGGACGGAAUGUUCAAUUUUUGAUACUUUCUCUUAAAAAAAAAAAGACUAAAGUCUGGGGAUUUCUUUUUGUUCUGUUUACCUAACCGAAGGUUCGGUUUGUGUUAGGAAGUGACCUCAGCAGGCCUAAUUUUGGAUUCUCAUUAGUUUUUAUGAAGUCCUUAAAAAGAAAAGCUUUAAGCAAUGCCUCUGCCUUGUCUGAAAUACUCUCUGUGUGCUACUAGCUAUGUUUCCUUCGGAAAUUACAUGUCUGUACAUCACACAAGGAGCCAUAGCGAAGUCCGCAGAAUUCUUCCAUUGUAUUUCAAACUUUAAAAAACUCGACUUCCACUACCAGUUACAAAAUAGUUUCUCAUUUCCACAUACAUUUUAUGAUUCUAGUCAUCAAAUUGAAAAAGGUAGCCUUAGAACUGUAGAUUAUUACUGUGCACACAGUCAGAAGAAAUCGUGUCAUAUAUCCCAUGUUGAGAUCAUGCCGAUCUAUUGGUCGCCACAGAAGUAUCUGUCGACGUUUUGAAAUCUGUCAGUCCGUAUACUGUCUCACCAGGCCUUGGUGUCUUCCUGUGUAUAGUUCUCGUGGUAUUUAAAACUUCCAUUGUUUUGAGAAAACAGAAAAGACAGACACUUCCAAUUUGAUGUGGCCUUACCGCUAACUUAAAUGUCAAAGAGAACCGAUACCCUUCCAACGACCUGCCCUUUCCAUUUACGUAACUUCCAAGAACCUGUGUGUUGCAAAAACAGUCUGUCUGUCUUAUCACCACUUGUUAAGUUGUUUCAUUGGACUAUAUUACCCAUAAUGCAAUCCAUCUGCCACGGCUCCAAAACCACAUUGUCAGCUUUCUGGAAGAUUUGUGGGCCUUUUUAAGGAUAAUAUUAACUCUGUUCAGUGUACAAGUACAACACUUAUAUAAAUGAUGUACUUUAUUAUCACAGUGCCCUGCUUUCUCCAUUUUGGCAUGGAUACAUUGUCUUGUGAGGGCUUUGAGCUCCUCUGUUUGGCCUCCUAAAAGCCUUUUAACUAACGUCCUAUGGUUUUUGACCUUACACAACAAUUACAUGUACAUUGUAAAACUCGCGUUCUGAAAGUAGCCACACUCACCGGCUGUAUUUAUGGUGAUCAAGUCUCCUGUUAGAAUUAAUAAGGCCUUCUAGAUGUGUGUCUGUGUUAUUGAAUAUGUGUAUUUGGAAAAACGUACAGCAAUAUUGUACAGGUCAUGUUGUCGUGUCUCUUGGGGUUUGUCUGCCUGACCACUAGUUCACCAGCCUGUGCGUGUGUGUGUGGUGGUGGGGGGUUGUGUGUGUGUGUGUGUGUGUGUGUGUGUGUGUGUGUGUGUGUGUGUGUGUGUGUGUGUGUGUGUGUGUGUGUGUGUGUGUGUGUGUGUGUGUGUGUGUGUGUGUGUGUGUGUGUGUGUGUGAGAGUGAGAGUGAGUGUGUGUUUGGCUCCUCUGUGUAGUCUAACAAUGGAUCAGUGAGUGAGACUCACUCCAUUUCAAAAUGUGGGUGGGUGCGUGGAUGCGUACACCGUUUUAUGUUCCAAACAAUCAAUGCUCUUGUAAAGAUGGACUUUGAAGAUUGUUUGGGUCCCGCGCCGUCUUCCGACUUGAUCCAAAUAUAAAACAAGUGAUUGUUUCUCUCUCAUUGUUGGAAAUAAUAUGUGGAUCAACAAAAUUUAAAAAAAGAAAAAGGCAAUACUUUGAUCAUAGUAUUACAGUGGAACUGUAUAUACUUCCGGGAAGAACUAUGAUGCUUUAACUUGAAUGUCUGCUUAUUAAUUAAGAAGUAUUUCUGGCCAAUGUCAUUCAUGUACCCAUUUAACAGUCAUAUCCCUUUAAUAAUAGGGAACAAGAAAGUGCUCUAUUUACACCCCCCCCCCCCCCGAAAAAACUUAAGAGAUGCUUUUUUCCCCCCUCCCUAUUUAGAUUCUUCCCGCCCCUUCUAUUUUUCCAGCCAUUGAUGUUAAUGUAAACAGUGUAAUAAUAUUGAUAUUAUUUUAAAUUAUUGGUAUAAAGUUUCCCCCCUUGUCUUAUUUUAUGUCAAAGAAAUAAGUGCAUUAUUGCCCUUGCUGCCUAGUUUGGCCUGGGUUGUCAAUUUACAAAAGGUCGGUCCAGCAACAGUUGUACUUUUUCUAAUGAAUUAAAGCAUGGGUGUAUCAACCUAAAUUGAACAUUUUGUAGCAUCAAACCAACAUGAGCUUUGUCACUAAUCACCUUAAUAUGGACUUUUUUUACACAACAAAGAGAAAUGCUACUGGCCUUUCUUAACCCUUUACUCUAUUGUGAUAUGUCAAUAAGGUGGUCACCAAAUAUGUUUGGGUUUUGCGCAGUGUUUUCAUUGUGCCCGUUUCAGCUGGUAGAGGCGAGCUUAUCUCUUAGAUAUCAAAGUGAGUUUGGGAACGCCUCUCUAAUGCCUAAGGCGUCCUCCAGUCAGUCGACCUGUCAUUCUGCUUGUGUUAUUAUAUUUCUGUUUCGAUACUUUCUGUUGUCUCUCUGGGCUCCACCCUGCCUGCUCCUUACGUUUCUCACUGAUGUCCGAGUGAGUUUGGAAGGAAGUGGCAUUGCGCUGCAUCUCGUAAACAGUGGAAGGGUCGUGCGUAUUCUCAUAUCUCUCUUUGAUCCUCUUUGCCGGGUCAUGUUCAGUAGGCGGGAAAUGGAAUGAAAUGUUUGCAACGGUGUGCCCUAAUGAACAUGACACUGGUUGAACGGUUUACAUGUUCUCUAUAGAACAGUGGAGGCAUGGCGGAUUGGAGCAGGAGGAGAGGGUGGGUCCAGAGAACCAACUAUUAUGGUCAAGAAGCGCAUCAGUGCUCCCCUUCCUCAGGUUUCACUCAACAAGGGGAAGGCAGCUCUCCCCCCCUACAGGGGGUGGAAUGUUGUUACGUGGCUUUUUAUUAUCUGAGCAAACUUUAGCAACAUGGUAACUAAAAGCUCACCCAGCAAAAUACAAAAUAUUCUCCAACUUGUGUGAUGCUUUUUGAAAAUACUGUAUACACACCGGUUUUCAUUUUUCGGUCAGUCCAUAUUGUUUGUUUUGUUCUUCCAAAAGCAGCUGUUGUUUUUUGUUGUUGUAACGAGCUCUGAACAAUGUAUGUAUGUAUGUAUCCUCUAAUAUACCAAAUGUCUUUUUAUAACGUAGAUUUCUCAUGCACUGCUAAACGAAACAGGACAGAGCGAGAGGCAGCUGUAAAUAAAUGAAAAGGCGUGUUGGAGCAGCCUUUCCUCUGUUGCACUCGGCCUGACAUUCUCCCCAAGACUAUUGGCUGGCUGCACUAUGAAGUGCUUUACGCUUCUCUCCGUCUCUCCUCUGUCUGUGUACGUACAUUUUGACUUUCCCUCUCAUCCCUUUACACUCUUAGCUCUGUACGCUUGGCUUUGCUGCAGUCUGUUUUCUUACCUUUCCUUUCUUUUUCCCCCUCACACACUGUCUCUCUCUCUCCUUUCUCACACACUCUCUCUCUCUCUCUCUCUCUCUCUCUCUCUCUCUCUCUCUCUGUGUGUAAUGUUGUAAUGUUAAGCAGAGUGUCAGUCUGUCAGUGUGGUAGUAUACUCAGUGCUUAAAGGGUUGCCCAUGGUAGAAACCUGUGCAGUUUGUAACAUUUUAGCAAUAACGUGAAAACAAGGGGACUGUUUGUUUCAGUUUUUUGUACAUAUUGCAGUUCCAGUUCAUGCUCAAAUCCAUAUGUCAUAAAAAAAAAAUACUUGCAAUAUUGGCAUAAAAAAAUCAA